AUGGAGUCUUCAAAGAAAAGUCUUCAGGUGACGAUUGAAUCUGCAGAGUUUGCUAAAGAAUUUAACUACUUUCUUACUGUUCAGCUAGGAGGAGAUGGAGAGAAACGAAGAACUGAUGUAUCUGCAGCAGUCACGAAUCCUAUCUUCUCUGCAAAUACCUUCUACUUGCCUAUAACGCCUGAGGAGAUGAUCGAUGACCCAAGGAUCCAAUUUGCAUGCUUUACCGUAACUGAUAGGAAAGAGAACGCAGCAGAUUAUGAGAAGAAGGGUCAAGCAAGGCUUCUUGGAGAUUGUGUUCUGGAACUCGGCCCACUCAUUCCUUCACUCACUGAUAUUCAUGGUAUUGGGGUAAGAAGAGCACUUGAGUUUUCCAGGUCUAAAGAGGGAUCUGAAGUAACAGUCGGAAGAUUUACAGUGCUCCUUAAGUUAGUCGGAGAGUAUAUGACUCAAUACCCUGGACUUGAGGGCACUAAUUUGACAGGUCCUAAGAAAGCAACAGGAGAAAUGCAUCUAUUACCACCGGAAGAUUCCAGUUUUAAGUGGAGAAUCAGGGCAGAUAUUAGGUCAUCCAUUGAUUUCCCCCUAAAUAGAGUGACUCCAGAAGGUUUGCCUUCAGGAUAUGUUGAGAUUGGGUGGAGUAUGUAUGAACAAACGGAGCCAGAUGAAUAUACUAAGAUUAUUUCAUUGUUAGUAGAAAAUAAUAGGCAUCCUCAUUGGAAUCAACAACUUUUAUUCAAUAAUCCUGCUGAAGUGAUAGACCUCAGUGGUUAUUUAUGGGUAACAUUAAAAGACAAGAAUUCUCUGGAGCCAAUUGAUAAAUUUUGUAUUCCUCUUGAAUUUUUCAACCCUUUCACGCCAGUUCACUUAGAAGUUCAUUGUAGGAGCAGAGGAGAUGACACUGUCUGUAAAUUUUAUUGUUCAUUCGUACUUGAGAGACCAAUUACAAGCACAGUUGAUUCCUUAUGUAAAGUUGUACUUUCUUGGGCAGAUUUUAAGCCUGUGCCAGCUAACUAUAAAAAGUUUUCUGUGAUGAUGACCACUGAAUCCCAUGCUCCUACUGAAAGUCCUUACAUUAAGGUAGAUCUCUCACAGCCAGAAGGAUUAGAGAAGGCUUUCCAAUUUGCAAAUUCAUUAAAAUAUACUGCAUUUAUGUCUCCAUGGAUGAGGAUUCCUCCAGAUCCAAUGGACAACAUCUACAAUGCAUUGACAAUGUUUACAAUUCCAAAAUCUUUCUUGGAUAAUAAGAUAUCAAUGUUCUUGGUAGUGAAGGAUGAGUCAGCCCCCACCAUCCAUGCAAUGCCAAAUGUCUUCGCAGGAUUUACCGAUGUCUUGGAUGAACCAUUGAAACAAAUUCUAUUUUCUCCUGGAAACCCCAAACAGUUCUUUGAAGUGACUUAUAACAGCUCUGUGCCUGAUAUGCAAGGCAGCAGAACUUACUUAGAGCUGGCUUGAUACCCUCUAGAAGGAGGAGAUGAUUUUGAGAAAGGAUCAGACCUUGGUGAUGUCGGCGGAGAACUCAACCGCAUGCUUGACCAUGCCCCUGGCGGUUCAGCAGGCGAUAAGGAAAAAUGGCAACUUCUUUCAAGAGAGUUAGCCCAAAAGCAGGAAAUUAUCCACCGAAUGAUGAAAGAAAUGGAUGAUAAAACCCAGUCUUUGAAACUCACCUCAGCUGAAAUUAUUGAUUUAAGAAGAACAGUCAAAAUGUUACAGUCUGAAAAUGCAAUUUUAAGGAAGAAAUUAGGACAGGAAGAGCAGCUUGAGCUUCAGAUCCUAGUUUCCAAAGAAAUUCAAAACAUGGACUCUACAGAACUCCGUAACAAAAUCCUGAAGCUAGCACAAGCAUAUCGUACUGAGAGGAUCAGAAAUGAGGAAUUUGAGAGAGCUCUCAAAUCAGCUAACCAAGAUCUGGCAAAUGCAAAGCAGUUACAGACUGAGCUUGAGAAUGUCUCUCAUGCUCAUACUCAAAAAGCCAAGAAGUUAAUGGAGUUGAACAAGGAGAUCGCCAAAAUUAACCUGUACAAGGACACUAUCAGAAAACAAGAGAAGGUCAUCUCCAAACUAGAAGCCUUACUUGAGAAGACACUGAAGGACACCAAGAGAGCCAGAGAAGGAAUGAUGGAACUUGAAAAGCUCAGAACCGAAAAUCUAGAGCUCCAGAAAGGCAUAAAGUCCAAUGCAAAAUUAAGAGGGAAUCAAUCUGAAGUAGACAGGCUUAAAAGUGAAGUUCAGAUGUUAGAAACUCUCGUCUCAGAGCUAAGAGAUGAACUGAAGAACAAAAGACCACAAACUGCUGGACAAGCUGACUGGGAAGAUGAGAAGGUUGAGUACGAAGUCAAACUCCAAAAAGCAGAGGCUAGAUGUGAAGCUAUGCAAGAAGAGCUCACCUCAAGUUCUGCAGGUCAUGCUCGUGAAAUUGCUAGACUGAAAACAAUCGUUGCUGAGAAAGAAAGUAUUAUAGAAACGAUGAAUAAUGAUGCAGGAAUGGGAGGUUACUAA